AUGACAUUCAACCGGCCUGCACAUGUUCUUGGGGGGUACAAUGGGACCAUCUUCGCCUAUGGACAGACCUCUUCCGGGAAGACACACACCAUGGAGGGGAGGCUGCACGACCCUCAGGGCAUGGGCAUCAUCCCCAGGAUCGCAGAAGACAUUUUCAAACACAUAUUCGCCAUGGACGAAAACCUAGAGUUCCACAUCAAGGUGUCCUAUUUUGAGAUCUAUAUGGACAAAAUCCGGGACCUGCUGGAUGUGACUAAAACUAACCUGUCGGUGCAUGAAGACAAGCACAGAGUGCCCUAUGUGAAGGGCUGCACGGAACGAUUUGUGACAAGUCCAGAGGAAGUGAUGGACGUCAUUGACCAAGGCAAAUCCAACCGCCAUGUUGCAGUCACCAAUAUGAACGAGCACAGUUCCCGCAGCCACAGCAUCUUCCUGAUCAACAUCAAGCAGGAGCACGUGGAGACGGAGCAGAAGAUCUGCGGGAAGCUCUACCUGGUCGACCUGGCUGGCAGUGAGAAGGUCAGCAAGACGGGAGCAGAGGGAGCAGUGCUGGAUGAGGCCAAGAACAUCAACAGGUCUCUGUCCGCCCUGGGGAACGUCAUCUCUGCCUUGGCUGAGGGCACGAAAACCCACGUGCCGUACCGGGACAGCAAGAUGACUCGCAUCCUGCAGGACUCGCUGGGCGGGAACUGUCGCACCACCAUGUUCAUCUGCUGCUCUCCCUCCAGCUACAACGACGUGGAGACCAAGUCCACGCUCAUGUUUGGCCAGCGUGCUAAGACCAUUAGGAACACAGCUUCGGUGAACCUGGAGCUGACAGCGGAGCAGUGGAAGAGGAAGUAUGAGAAGGAGAAGGAGAAGAACCGGGCCAUGAAGGAGGUCUACCAGAGGCAGGACGACGAGCUCCGGCGCUGGAGGAGCGGGGAAAACGUCCCUCAACCGGAGCCGCUGAGCCCGGGGUCGCUUGGUGGGCAGACUGCGGCCCCCGGGAUGGACGGGCCCUCCCAGGACAUGUGCAGCCCCUGCAGCCCCUGCAGCCCCUGCAGCCCCUGCAGCCCCACAGACUCCAUCGUGGUGCGCAUCUCCGAGGAGGAGCGGCACAAGUACGAGGACGAGAUACGCAAGCUCUACAAGCAGCUCGACGACAAGGAUGAUGAGAUCAACUACCAGAGCCAGAUGGUCGAGAAGCUGAAGGAGCAGAUGAUUGACCAGGAGGAGCUGCUGGCGUCGUCCCGCGGGGCCAGUGAGAAGGUGCAGUCGGAGCUGUCCCGCCUGCAGAGGGACAGCGCCUCAGCCAAGACAGAGGUGAAGGAGGUGCUGGAGGCCCUGGAGGAGCUGGCCCUCAACUACGACCAGCGGAGCCUGGAGGCCGAGGAGAAGAGCCACAAGAACAAGCUGCUGGCCGACGAGCUGGCCAAGAAGAUGACCCGCCUGGUGGCGUUGGAGGCGGAGCUAAGCCGUAUCCAGGAAGCCAGCGGUCGCCAGCGGAAACGCAUCGCAGAGGUGCUGAACCGGCUGAUGAGGGACCUGAGUGAGUUCGGCACCGUCCUGGGAUCUGGGGACGCGAAGCUGCCUGUGGAGGUCUCCGGGGGGCUCGAGGAGGAGUUCACGGCGGCGCGCCUCUACAUCAGCAAGAUCAAGUCGGAGGUGAAGUCCGUGGUGAAGCGCUGCCGCCACCUGGAGAGCCUGCAGACAGAGUGCCACCGCAAGACGGACGAGACGGGCCGGGAGUUGUCCUCCUGCCAGCUUCUCAUUUCCCAGCACGAGGCCAAGAUCCGCUCGCUGACGGAGUACAUGCAGGAGGGGGAGCAGAAGAGGAGACGGCUGGAGGAGGGCUACGACUCCCUGAGCGAGGAGCUUGCCACGCUCCAGGCCCGAGAGACUUUGGCCCAGGUUUCCAGGAGGGAGAAACAGAUGGCUGUCAAGGAAUCUGAUGAUAUACAGAGAGCCCUGGAGCAGCAGAUGGAGGUGCGUCGUCGGGCUCACAGCAAGCAGCUGGGACGCCUGCGGGACGAGAUCAAUGAGAAGCAGAAGACAAUCGACGAGCUCACAGAUCGUAACCAGAGGCAACAUCUGGAGCUGGAGCAGCUGCACGGGGACUAUGAGCACCUCCGCGGCCGCGAGCACCACAACAGCCGACGGCUGGAGGAGCUGAUAUUUCUUCACGAGCGUCACGAGCAGUCCAAACAGGAUUUGAAAGGCCUGGAGGACACCGUUGCACAUGAACUCCAGACCCUCCAUAACCUCCGGAGGCUUUUUGUUCAGGACCUUACGACUCGGGUCAAACGGGGUUCCCAAAUGAAUCCUGCCGAUUGCGGGGGUUUCAUUACCCAGAAGCAGAAGAUAUCCUUUCUUGAAAACAACCUGGAUCAGCUUACGAAAGUUCACAAACAGCUGGUACGGGACAAUGCAGACCUGCGCUGCGAGCUCCCCAAGCUGGAGAAGCGUCUGCGCUCCACGGCGGAGCGGGUCAAGGCCCUGGAGGGGGCCCUGAAGGAGGCCAAGGAGGGCGCCAUGAAGGACCGCCGGCACUACCAGCAGGAGGUGGAGCGCGUCAGGGACGUGAUGAGGGCCCGCAACCCCCUGCGCAGACCCUACGCCGCGCAGAUAGCCAAGCCGGUGCGCCCGGGACACUACCCACCAGCCUCCCCCACCAACCCCUUCUUCGUGCGGGGCUACAGUGGCCACGGCACGGCCACCUCCUCCAGCAGCACUGUGACGGACCACCAGACAGCUGCUGCUCCUCCUGCGGCCCCCCCAGCCCCGCAGCCGGGUCAGGAUCAGGAGGAGGAGGAGAAGGAGGAGGAGGAGGAGGAGGAGGAGGAUGAAGAGGAGGAGGAGGAGGAGGAGAGGGAGGAAGAGGCGGAACACGAGCAGGAGGUUGACGACGAGGUAGAGGUGGAGGAGGAGGUGGAGGAAGUGGAGGAGGAGGUGGAGGAGGAGGAGGAAGAGGAGGAGGAGGAGGAAGAGGAGGAGGAGGAGGUGGAGGAUGAAGAGGUGGAGGAUGAAGAGGAGGAGGAGGAGGAGGAGGAGGAAGUAACGGAAGCCUCGACAAAGGCGACCAACUGGAACGGCGCUGUCCCCGGCGUUGAUCGCCAUAACAACGGCACAUACGACAGCGCGGCGCAGAACAACACGCAACCUGAUGAACCGCAGAGCGCCACGGACACGGCAGACGAGAUGCUCGACUCUGAAAACGGGAACGCGGCCGACGUGAAUGACAACAGACGUUUUCUAUGGGACAACCAGGCGGGCUCGACGCCGACCCCGCGCUACGGCCUGCAGCCCGAGGCCUCGGCCAGCUAGUGAGCAGCGGAGGACAGGUGGCUGUACGUCCUGAGGCUGCAGCUAUAGCUGCAUCGUUGUCUUAACAAACUUCCCAUGAUCCGGAAAAUGGAAAAAGAAACAAAACAAAAGAUAAAAUCAUCUUUGUACUGUACUGAUCUUCUCAGAGUCCCUCAUUCUCCUCGCUCGCCCCUUGUCAAUCCACCCGUUUCAACGGUUCGCUGCUGGGAUGUGUGUGUGUGUGUGUGUGUGUGUGUGUGUGUGUGUGUGUGUGUGUGUGUGUGUGUGUGUGUGUGUGUGUGUGUGUGUGUGUGUGUGUGUGUGCGUGCCUGUGUGUGCCUGUGUGUGCGUGCCUGUGUGUGUGUGCGUGCGUGCCUGUGUGUGUGUCUGUCUGUCUGUCUGUCUGUCUGUGAGUGUAUGUGUGUGAGAAUGAGAAUGUCUGUGUGUAGGGAGGUAGUGAGGUAUUAAUACAAAGACCCCACAGCGGUCCAAGGGAUUAUCAUUUGAACUAGCAAAAACGUGCCAACCUGGUUGGCGUGGAACAAUAAGACCUGCAGGGCUAGUAUAAUAAUAUAUCAUCAAACUGUUAUUCCCUCAAUGAGAAGCGCAUGGUGGAAAUAGUUAUGGCUGAGCUAGAGCAGAUAAUUGUUUUUAUACAUCCCCAAUGUUUUUCUAUAAAAAAUUACAGUAUGGCUAUGGGCCAAAAAUGAAUUGUUGUUGUUCUGACCUAAAAGUUUAUCUGAACAUUCACAACAUCUUUUUCUUCAGUUUUAAAAAUGUUUCCACUAGUAUUGCAAUGGUCGAUUAAUGAUUAUUUAAAGUAUUAGUUUUUUCAAAUGUCUCCUUUAUUCAUAAAUGUGUACUCGUAACAAAUCUCAUUACCACAAAAACACUUUAUAGUCUUUGUGGUUCCUGUUAGUGGGUUUGGGUGUUUGUUUGUGUUAAUGAUCUGCUCUAAUGAUUUGUGUAGCAGUGUAACUGACCUCACCUCCGUAUAUUCACACAUACACAAGUACACAUUCACACGGACACACAAUCUAAAAACUAAAAUGUUAUAUCUCAGCGUAAUCAUGCUGAAAUACACAUCACCCCUCUAAAAAGGAAAUGUUUCAGAUGGUACACAAACCAAGAGACACGCAGAUGUUUGCUCAAAGGACAAAUGCAGGUUUCUCACAUUCGUCCGUACGUCCCAAGAGAAAGCAGAGUCCUCGGCCCAGCCUUCAUUCUUCUUCACGCAUUCCCUCAUUAGGCAUUUCUACUGUUGUAAUCGGAGUGUAGAAGAAAGAGAAUUUAUAAACGUCCAACCCUUAUUAUGAAAUCCCUGAAGUUUUGUAUCUGACCUAAAUCUGUAGUGAUUAACACAUUAAAUACUACUACCAUUGUGUUAUUUGCGUAACAAAAGAAUAGGCCAAAACUCGGGUUGAAAACAUUUUUUAUAAUGGCUGUGCUUGUUUAUGUGCUUGAGUUCAUGACUGAGUUAAGUGAAAUUAUGAGAAAUAACGUGGAAUAUUGAUGAAAUGUCCUCAAAGUGUAACCUGGCAACCAAUAUAAUCCAACCACAUGGACAAUGCUAUAUCUGGUUGAAUCACAGGUUUUGGCUUAUGCUGAAAUGGGUCCGAGUCGAUGAUGAUGUUACGAGUGACCACCUGGUUCUAAAUUGAGCCAAUUCUGUGUUCUCCCUGUGGUUUUGGAUCAGUGUCUGCUUGCUUAGAGCUGGAUUAUAUAAUGGUGUCUGUACACACCAUUUACCCUCCUGACUGUUGUGUUUGUUGUAUAACUACAGGAGAUGGAACCUACAUGCAAAAUGUCACUUUGUUCUGAUGAAAGCCUGCAAUAGGAAAGUUGGUACAGCAAAAGAGAAAACACAAAAGGUUCUGGACUGGUGACCAAAAAUACAGUAGGCUAUAUGUACCAGGUGUAAAAGAUUUCUGUGUUUACAUGCAUGAAUUGUGUGUCAAUAAUUGUCUGUUAGCUAUACAGUCAUUGGCAUGUUAUUCAAGAUCACAGAAGGGGAAAAGAAAAUGAAAUUAUAGAAAUACAAUUGUUAAAAAAAUUUAGAAACUAUUUUUAUAAUCCUAUGUAGUAAAAUAAUUAGUUUAUUUUUUUGUUAUUUAUUUACCUGUUUGUAGCUAAUUGUUUCCGGCUUAUUAUUUAUUAUUCAGUGGAGUUUUGUAUUUAUGUUAGAAGUAUGUUCUGUAUCUGUAUGCAAAGCAAAUUGUUUUCGAGCAAGUGUACAUUGUACACCGGUGCAAUUUUAAAAUGAAAGUAGUUGCACGUUCAGUGAAUGCAAAAUUCUAGUUUCCCAUCCGUCUAACCAAAGCUUAGUAUGUAGUUUGUUGGGAUUUUGAAAGAGAGCAUCUUGCCCUGUAAUGGCCUGUUUACAUUAUGUUGACAACGUCCAGCUCUGGGUUACUUUAGGUUAUCAGGCACGUUCAGUAUCGAUACUCCCCUGUCUGCUUCAACAGAAACAGUAUGUUUGGCUGGCAUAGAAGAUGAUACUGCCUUAUCAGCCAAUGAGGCAGGUGACCUUUGGAUCCUUUACAUUAAAGCAGCGGAUGCAUUCUGAGUUUAAGUCGGUGAAGCACUCUAUAUGCCGGACCUCUCAUCCUGAUCAGCCAAUCAGUACAAGAGGGUCAAGAGUGGGGCCCGGAGGGGACUACCGUUUAUUUGUGUUUUCAUCCACACACGCGUGUGUGCUUGUGUGCAUGUGUGCGUGUAAUCUGGAGAAUCAUUUACCUCUACUGUUUAGGUGCCAAGAUGCUCACUUUUUGACUUUGAAGAAUCCCAGCCAAUCAAAACAUUCCAUUUGUAUUACAUAGAGACUCAUUAGCGAUGCAUGAAGCACUUUUAAAAAUCAUUUUUUAUAAAGCUCUCAUUUCUCACUUUUUAGAAAAUAUUUUAUUCUCCUAAACCAUUUGCUUCAAUGUGAGCCGGUUCUGGCCCAAUUAGACCCUCUCCAAGGGAGGUUAUAUGAAUUAGCAAGUGACUAACAAGUAUCUUGUGUGUGUUUACAUUAUAUAAUAUAUUACAUAAACCAUGGAGAAGCCAUGAGUUGAAUGUGGCUGGCAUUGAUGGUCUCAAUCUGUUCCGACCUAUAAUGGGUAUAAGAAACCUUUCACCUUUGUGUUUACCUGCACUACGGAUGUCUGUUGACCUGUUAAAUGUUUGGAAAAUGGGAUAAUAAUAAUAAUAUGUCAAAGAAACCUUGAUUCCAGUUAAUCUAUUUGUCCUCGGUAAUCAAAAAAUAAUAAUAUGGCCAGAUAUCAAUGUGUAGUUGCGCAUCAGGGCCAUUAUUAUUAUCAUUAAACUAGCAAAUGAGGGCGAUAAAAGAUUACCGGAACGUCGGGCCGUAUACCGGUGGAACUCAUAGAUGGAAGUCCAUUGGCGAAUUGUCUUGUUUGUUUGGUUUGUUUGUACAUCUGUAUGUUGGUUUGUUUAUUGAGUUUGUAGCGUGUGAUGUAGUGCAUGCAGUACAUACCUCUGUAGCCACAGAAAAACAAACACCCUUGUUGACGCUCUUUCAAUAAAGGUGAUCCUGUCUACAAAUCAA